UUAAUUUUAGAGUAAUAAUUUAGUCCUCAAAAUAUAUAUGAGCCACCUGCCUUGUCCACUUAAUUGUCUCAACUAUAUAUAGAGUAGGCAUAUCAAGAAGAAACUCCAUAGCAUCAAAAGAUGGCGUCGUCUACACAGGAACACCACCUCCAUCAUCUUCCUACCCCUUAUGGCACCACUACUGCUCCCCCACCAACUCCAUCGGCACACUCUAAUCAUAAUCUCCUUUCCACUUCUGAAGCCGCUGACUCUCUAUCUCGUCUUCUCCACCGUAUCCCACCCACCCUUUCCCUCUCCUUUCCCGGUCGCCGUCAAUCUCCUCCACCAACCACCGUCUCUCCUCAUCUCAUCUCUCUUUCCGAUGCAAAAUCAAUUCUUCACUCUAACCUCCUUUUCGCGGCAAAACAACACGGUUUCUUCCAGCUCACACAACACUCCAUCUCCUCUCACCUCGCUCAAUCAGCUGAAUCGGAAUCUGCAUCCAUUUUCAAUGAUGAGAAACAACUCUGCUUUCCGAAGAACUGGCCCUUAGGCUUCGAUAAUGAUGAGGAUGACGACGAUGACGUUGUCAGCGGCCGGUCAAUUUGUCUCGACGAGUCAAGUUCAAUGGAAUUAGGAUUUAGUUCUAUUCAUGAAUUUACUUCCCAAAUGGAAAAACUAGGGUUGGAGUUGAUUGAAGAACUGGCGUGUGCUGUUGGGUUUGAGAACCCGGUAAGAGAAGAUAGGACCCGCCUCUGUUCAUUGAUGUGGAUAUCCGACACCGAAAGCGGCUCAAAUAACAUGCCACUUUCACCGGGUCGGAUUUACCCGUAUGUAGUCGGGUUAAAUUACCAAAUACGUUGCCGGAAGUACUCCAUGUUGGCUGAUUCCAGUUGGGUAUCUGUCACUCCUCAAGUCGACUCAGUCAUGGUAACGCUCGGCGAUAUUGCUCAGGUAUGGAGUAAUGGAAAGGUGAAACAAGUGAGAGGAAGACCAGUACCUAUAACUAAUGGUGAAAUCAACAGCGGUAGUAGUAACUCACACUGUCUAUCAAUGACAUUGUUAGUUACACUAGCUCAUGAAAACACUGUCUCUCCCUUGCUUCGUAUCAAAUCGCUAUCACUUAGCGAAGAUGAUGAUGGCCUUGGCAACAAUGAUUCAAAAACUAUAGCGGUAGAGGAGGAAAGUCAAAUGUUCAAUUCAUUUUCUUUCGAGGAUUAUGCAUGGAGAGUUUAUCACGAACGUCUUAUUCUUAAGGAUCCUCUUGUGAGAUACCGUGUUUGAUUAUUACUACUGUUGUUAUUGGCUUCGGUUUGGAUCGGAUCGGAGUUACCAAUUAGCAUGAGAAAUGGUAGAAAGUAUCAAAGUAUGUUGAUGCUUUAGUUUGUAUGGAUCUCACUCUUUUCAUUUAUUCAUUUGUUUUGGGUUUCUUUUUGGUUCA